CCUCUGCUCACUGCUCAGUUGUGAUUUUCUCCCUGGAGGGGGAAUUUCUUGAUUUUUUUUCCUGCUCAGCAGUCUGGCCAAGGAUGGAUGCUGGAUCGGCCAUGAUGCUCAUUACCCUCCUCCUCCUCUCCAUCCUGUCAUUCCUGGUCUGGAGAACCAACAAGAAGAGAAGCCGGCUGCCUCCUGGACCAGCCCCGUGGCCCAUUCUGGGCAACCUAUGGCAAAGGGACGUCCUGCCCCUCUACAGAACCUACGAGAAGCUCAGCAGCAUCUACGGUCCCAUCUUCACCGUCUGGCUGGGGCCGAAGCCAGUGGUGGUGCUCUGCGGGUACAAGGUGGUGAAGGAUGCUCUGCUGGGCCACUCUGAGGAGUUUGGAGGAAGACCUGAAAUACCCAUUCUGGUGCAGCUAUCGAAAGACUACGGUUUUAUUUCCAACAAUGAGAAGAAGUGGCAGGAGCUGCGGAGGUUCACACUCAUCACCUUGCGGGACUUCGGGAUGGGGAAGAGCUCCAUGUCGCAGCGGGUGCAGCAAGAGGCCCAGCACUUGGUGGAACUGCUGGCAAAACUCGAAGAAAAUGCCUUUGAGCCCAUGACAAUGUUCAGACAUGCAGUUUCCAAUGUGAUCUGCUCCGUUGUCUUUGGGAGCCGUUACAGCUACAGCGACAAAGCCUUUCUGGAGCUACUGAACAUGAUCGGGAAUUACAUCAGCUUCUUCCUCACCCCCAUUGCCAUGGUCUACAACACCUUCCCCAGCAUCAUGCACCUCCUCCCGGGGCCACACAGGAAAGUCCUGGCCGAGUGCGAGAAGCUGAAGGACUAUAUCCGAGAAAGAGUUGAGCUUCACAAGCUGACGCUGGAUCCCAGCUGCCCCCGGGACUAUAUCGACUGUUUCCUUAUGAAAGCGGAGAAGGUAGAGAACAUCCAUGAGAACAUGUACAGCAACGAAGACUUGGUCAUGUCAGUAUUCAAUCUCUUUGGUGCCGGGACAGUGACUACUAGCAAUACCCUGGUCUUCUUCCUCUUGGUCCUGGCAAAACAUCCCCAUAUUCAAGCCAAGGUCCAAGAGGAGAUCGACACGGUGGUGGGUGCCGGCCGCGCUCCCAGCAUGGAGGACAAGCUGAGGAUGCCGUACACUAAUGCGGUGAUCCAUGAGCUGCAGCGCUUCCACAAGAUCCGCACCGAGAACUUCCCACGGAUGACAACGCAGGACGUGGUGUUCAGGGGCCACCCCAUCCCCAAGGGCACAGCUGUUAUUCCAGUAUUGUCUUCCGUGCAUAUGGAUCCAACCCAGUGGGAGAACCCCGAAGAAGUCAACCCAGGACACUUCUUGAACGAGAAGGGCGAGUUCAGGAAGCGCGAAGCCUUCAUGGCUUUCUCGGCAGGAAAGCGGAUGUGCCCAGGAGAGGCACUGGCCCGCAUGGAGCUCUUCCUUUUCCUCACCACGCUGCUGCAGAGCUUCACCUUCCAGCUUGCCAUCGAGUAUGAGGAGACGGAUUUAUUCUCCCUAUGGGUUGAGAUAGAGAAGAAGGCAAUACCGGCCAAGUUCUUCGCUAUUCGGCGCCCGGUGUCCUCUUAAUCGGAGAGCAGCGGGGAGAUGGAAGGGAUCUUCCAGGUGCCUUCUCUGCUUCUGAAGUCGGAGCAAGUCGUGUGACCAUGAACGCCACAGCAACAGCCACCACGCAGGAGGGUCACUUCGAGCUUCUCCUCAGAGAACUGCCAGGCAUCUCUGCCACCAGCUCCCUGGGCAGCCUGCUCCCAACCCUUCCCCUCCACAUCCCAGUAACACAAGGAAGACAGCACUGGUUUUCCUCCUCCUGUACCUAUCGGCUGCAGCUGAGCCUCUACUCCCGUUGGCAGAGCUGCCUGUAGCUCCCGGGGCUGAGCUGGGCACUCCCUCAUUUUGCUGAGAGAUGAAGAGUGAUUCUGCAAUAAAAAUAAUCAUUGUAACU